UCACCCCCUUCGCCCUUGAUCAUCCUCAUCCAUCUAUCUAUAUGGACCACACCACCCCCCCAAGUCCCCGCGCACUUGCAGACUGAAUUUUCAUCGGAAGCAGUAAAGAUUCGAUAAUGGCUUCCCUCUCUCUCUUCUUUUUCCUCCUCUUUUCUCUCUCAGCCUCGGCCUCGGAGCGCUGCAACCCAAAUGAUAAAAAAGCCCUCCUCCAGUUCAAAGAAUCCCUGGGCAAUCCAUACGACUUGAUCUCCUGGACCCCCGACCAAGACUGCUGCAACUGGUUCUGCUGCGUCGAGUGCCACCCCACCACCCACCGCAUCGUCUCCCUCGACGUCUCCUACGCCAACGUCUCCGGCCACAUCCCCCCCAGCGUCGGCGACCUCCCCUACCUCGAAACCCUCAUCCUCCGCAAGCUCCCCAAACUCACCGGACCCAUCCCCCCGGCCAUCACCAAGCUCACCCGCCUCAAGAUGCUCUGGCUCAACUGGAACAAUCUCUCCGGCCCCGUCCCUCCCUUCCUCGCCACCCUCAGAAACCUCGACUACAUCAACCUGUCCUUCAACAACCUCACCGGCUCCAUCCCGCCCUCCCUUUCCCAGCUCCCCAACCUCGGAUACCUUCGCUUGGACCGCAACAAGCUCACCGGAACCAUCCCGAAAUCCUUCGGCAAGUUCGCCGGAACUGUCCCCGGUCUUUAUCUCUCCCACAAUCAGCUCACGGGCCCGAUACCCAAAUCCCUGGGUGAUCUCAACUUCACCGACAUUGAUGUCUCGCGGAACAAGCUUUCGGGCGACGUAUCGUUCCUGUUUGGCCCCAAAAGCGUCUUGCAGUUCGCUGAUUUCUCGAGGAACAUGUUCGAGUUUGAUCUCACGAAGGUGGUUUUCCCGGCGAGCUUGACGAGGUUGGAUUUGAACCAUAACAAGAUAUAUGGGAGCCUCCCGAAAGGGCUGGCCGCCCUGGAAUUGCAGUUGCUGAACGUGAGCUACAACCGGCUGUGUGGUCCGAUUCCGGUAGGCGGGAGGAUGCAGCGUUUCGAGGCGACGGAGUAUUUCCAUAACCGAUGCUUGUGUGGGGCUCCACUGCCAGCCUGCAAGUAGAGAAGGAGCUAGCACUUGCCGGCGUACGGAUUCGUUCGCCGGCCGGAAAGCUCAUGCUUGUAUCUGUAACUGAUGCUGGCUGGUUCGAAGUGUUAUGUUCUUAAACCUCAAGCAUCGUUAAUUAACGCAAGCAAAUAAUAAUAACAAUAAUACGAAUGUUUUGGCUGGGGUGAGAUCGAAUGUAUGCGUGUGUGUGUGUGAAUCAAUGACAUCUAACUCUUUUUAAGUAUUAAUAAAUUGUCAGAUUACGAAAUAA